AUAAGUUGCCUGCAUGAACCAUGGAUACCAUGGAUGCAUACAAAUAUCACUGUAAUGGGCCAAUGUUAGGAAGGAAAGCUCCUGUGCAUCAGCAUCUUGCUCAUUAAUUUUCCAACCGUCCAAUAAUUCCCGACUACACUACAGACACAAGAUGGGUAAAGUGUGGUUCGUUACAGGUUCCUCGCGCGGCCUUGGUCUCGCUCUGGUCGAGUCAAUCCUUGCCUCUGGGGACUCAGUUGUCGCAACAGCUCGAAAGGCAGAGACUCUCAAGCACCUUGUCGACAAAUAUUCAUCUGACCGAGUCUUGGCCGUCCCUCUGGAUGUCACAAAGAACGACCAAGUCCUUGAAGCCGUGGCUGCAGCCAUCAAGGCCUUUGGCCGUAUCGAUGUUGUUGUCAACAAUGCAGGAUACGCAGACUGCGCCUCGGUUGAGGACAUGAGCCUAGAGUCGUUCCGCGCGCAAAUGGAGACGGACUUUUUCGGAGUCGUCCACGUCAGCAAAGCUGUCCUGCCAGUGAUGCGCCAACAGGGCUCCGGACAUAUCAUCCAGAUCUCUUCAAUAGGUGGCCGGGUUGCAACCCCAGGCUUUUCGGCAUACCAGAGUGCCAAAUGGGCCAUCGGCGGCUUCUCGACAUCCCUCUCGCAGGAGGUCGCUCCGUUCGGCAUCAAAGUGACGGUUUUGGAACCCGGUGGCAUGGAAACGGACUGGGCAGGUUCCUCGUUGGGCAUGGGCCCGAUUAGUGAGCCUUACAAACAGACGGUGGGCGCAUUCUUGGAGUUGAUUCCUCAGUCGAAGCCGACCUGGUCUUCUGCCGCCGGCGUUGCGAGCAUCGUCCUGAAAGUCGCCGAGGUUGACGACCCGCCACUGCGACUUUUGGCUGGACGUGACACCGUGGAAUAUGCAAAGAUGUGUGCUGAAGUAUUGGCCGCCUCGGACGAAAAAUGGCGAGAUCUGACGAUGUCUAGUAAUUGAUGUGGGUAGCUUAGACUGGGGGUUUACAUGGAGAUUUCACCACCUGUGCUGUUGGACAAGGGCGGAUGGAUGUAUAUGACAAUAGUGAAAGUAGAUGAACAUGAAUCUUGAAACCCUGCUUUUAUGCGAUGAUCAAUGGCGUUUAGAUGUGGUCAUAUCUCAG